AUGAAGUUCAGUCUUCUCGUUUUCACAGGCAUGGCCUUGGCUGGCGCCAUCUUCUCUAGGGCUCGCACUUCAGAUAAGGGCAUCAAAGCUGCUGAAACAAGUGACAGCGCCAUGCCGAAAGAAACACGCACAGGAGCUGGCAAUUCAGAUGCCGGCAUCGAAGGUGCUGAAACAGAUGAAGGCGCCGUCCCGGAAGAAUUUCUCGAAGCCCAGAAGGAUUGGGAGUCGAGUGAAUGGGUGGAACAGCAGAAAAAGAUCUUUGUACCCCCACCCAAUGGGGACUUGCCCAGCCUGUUCAAAUACCUAAUCGGGAAAGAAAAGGAAAGAUUAGCAAAGCAGACAGAGAACUUGGUACUCCCAGACAAACCGAACCUCAAGGCCCUGUUCAAGUACUUAGCCACGAAAAAGGCUCAGGAAUACCUUGAAAAGGAAGGCCAUUUGAAUGCGGAUGGGCCUUUUUACACUUAUAAGAAGAAUAGUACUCAGAAGGGAUCUGAUGCUUUUAAUUGA